UUUUCUUUGGGGUUGAGGAUUGGACCUCUUAUAUUUUCCUCAUACACCCACGUGAACGAUGAGACAAAGCUUCCUUUCUCUAAAACCCUACCGCCGCCGUCACCAUCCCUUCACCACUUUCCGACCACCACAACUCUUAACUGCAAGCGAGCAACGUUUUUGUACUCCUCAUCACCUCUUCUCCUUUCCUUUUCUGCUCUGUGACUCAAUUUUCUUUUCAAUCAGUGUUGAAAUGGAGCUGUUUGAAACGGAACCACCGUGCCGGUUUCCCUCAGGCCACCGUGAGCUUCAUCUCCUCCAAGGAAACCUGCAGUCCAAUGGGUUGACUGGUAGAUUACCUCCUAAGCUUAGAAACUUGAGAUACCUUCAAGAUCUUUGGCUAAAGAGGAAAGGUCCUUAUCAUGGUCAAUGUUGCCUCACAAUGUGGCUUGACUAACUCCAAUUACACAGAGCUGAGUCAGUUGUAUGAGAAAUACAAACAGAGAGGUUUGGCCAAUAAUGCUCAUUCUCAUAAAAUUGCAACGUCAAUCUAAGGCAUCAGCUUUACGUGUUCAACUUGCUUCACUGAUUGGUCUGUUGAUCAGACACUCUACCUUUGUUGAUGACAGUUUGGCUAAUUCUGGAAUUCUAGGUUCACUGACGGAUGGCCUUAGGGACAGACAGGAAAAAGUAAGAAGGUUUUCUAUGGCUGCUUUGGGUGAGUUGCUAUUUUAUAUAUCUACCCAAAGUGCUGACUCUAAAGAUAACACUCUGCUUGAAUCUCCAUCGAAGGACAAUAGGACCGCACAUGGCUGGCAGGUUCCAAAUUCAUUAAUUUCCCUUGUGACAACGAUAUUGAGAAAAGGUGAGGAUGAUAUAACUCAGUUGUAUGCAUCGAGUUCUGUCAGAGCUAACCUGCAAAGUUUUAUUAGAUAUUAAGUGUGCUAAGAUAUAGUCGAUAGAUAGUCUACUAAUGAAAUAAAAGGUGUGUUUUAGAAUCUAAGGGUUGACCUCAAAUCUCACCAAAAAAGAGUGUUGAUCUCAAAAUAAGUAUUUGAUAUAAUUAAUCAGUGAGAUGAACUUACUUCGGAAGUAACUUUUGUUAAGUUAAUAGGCUUAAUAACUUUUUUGUAAACAUUAAAGUUCAUCAAUCCAACUGUUGAAUAUGGUAAUAUUUUCUUAAAGAUCAUGCACUCCAAAUUUUAAAUUAAUUGAAUGCUCAUGCCUAUGUAAUCUUACCACCACCUUUUGUAUUUUAAAAAAUAAAUUCUAUGUUAAGUUAAAAUUAUAUGAUGAAAGAUCAAAUAAUUUUUAAACUUCAUAAAAAAUUGUAGACUUAAUCUACUCAAUAGAAUUAUUAGUUUGGUAGUAAAAAUGCUGAAAUUUUGUCUACAAAGCAUUAUUCAAUUUAUCUAUGAAAAUAGUUGCUCUACUUAUAAUAAAUUAUAAGAUUUGUUAAUUUUUGGAGAAAUUGCACCUACUCUGCAUGAAAUAUACUUAAGUGACAUAUAUAUAAUGAUGUUACGAUGUUACGCAAUUAGUUUAUACACUAAUAAUAGAUAAUUAUUAAUUGCUUGCAUGCUCUGAAAAGUCCAACACCAUAGGGUACACCCCUCCCUGAAAUACUGCUA